UAUAGUCCCUAAACAUUCUAAACAUCUACAUAUUUCGAAGUGAAAGCAGGCUGCGUUCAAAACUUUCCCAAUUUCUCAGCACAACCAAAGGAAAUCGGCAUUGUUUAUAUUCUCAUCUUGCUGGAACAGUCAAGCUUGUCCUGAUAUAAUAUUUUUACUUUUUGAGUUUUUGUUUCGAGAAUUUAUUGUUCGAUUUUGUAAUACGAUUGCUGACUCCGCAAAAAUGUUUCGGUCUUGUGUACGCGAUGCUAUCCGCUCCAGCCGCGUCUUCACCAGGAUGUACUCCAAGGAGGUGCGCUUCGGACCCGAGGUGAGGGCGAUGAUGAGCCGGGGCGUGGACGUCCUAGCGGACGCGGUAGCCGUAACUAUGGGUCCCAAGGGACGCAGCGUGAUCGUGGAACGGCCAUGGACUUCGCCGAAAAUCACCAAGGACGGCGUCACGGUGGCCCGAUCGAUUGCCCUGAAGGACCAGCACAUGAAUCUGGGGGCCAAACUGGUCCAGGAUGUGGCCGACAAUACGAACCAAGCAGCUGGCGAUGGGACUACCACAGCCACAGUCCUGGCCCGGGCUAUAGCCAAGGAGGGCUUCAACCAGAUCACCCGGGGUGCCAAUCCCAACGAGAUAAGACGGGGCGUCAUGAUGGCUGUGGACGUGGUCAAGGAAAUGCUAAAGUCAAUGUCCCGGUCCGUAGAAUCCAGCGAGGAAAUCCAGCAGGUGGCCACCAUAUCGGCAAACGGCGAUACCGAAAUAGGGCGCAUCAUUGCCGAGGCAACCGAUAAGGUGGGCCCCAAAGGAACCAUCACCGUCAAGGAUGGCAAGCGCCUGAAGGACGAGCUGACCAUUAUCCAGGGCCUGCGCUUCGACACUGGCUAUGUGUCGCCCUUCUUUGUGAACAGCGCCAAGGGCUCCAAGGUGGAGUUUUCCAACGCCCUGGUCCUGAUUACCUUGAAGAAGAUCACAGCCCUAUCGCAAAUUGUUAAGGGACUUGAGCAGUCCCUGAAGGAGCGUCGUCCUUUGGUGAUCAUAGCCGAGGAUAUUAGUGGCGAGGCCUUGAAUGCCUUGGUACUGAACAAGCUGAGGAUGGGUCUCCAGGUCUGCGCCGUAAAGUCUCCCAGCUACGGGCAGCACCGCAAGGAUCUAAUUGGUGAUAUAUCAGCAGCCACCGGAGCCACGAUAUUCGGCGACGACAUCAACUAUUCCAAGAUAGAGAAUGCCAAACUGCAGGACAUGGGCCAGGUGGGCGAGGCUGUGAUCACCAAGGACAGCACUAUGCUGCUGGAGGGCAAGCCCAAAACGGGUCAGCUGGAGCUGCGCAUCCAGCAGAUCCAGGACGAGCUGGCCGACAAACAGACAAAGCCCGAGCAAAAGGAUCGACUCCGGCAGCGACUCUCCGCCUUGACCAAGGGCGUGGCCGUGCUCCACAUCGGCGGCAUCAGCGAGGUGGAGGUCAGUGAGAAGAAGGAUCGUGUGGUGGAUGCCCUGAAUGCCACCCGGGCAGCCAUUGAGGAGGGCAUUGUGCCCGGGGGUGGCACCGCCUUCCUUCGCUGCAUUCCCCACCUCGAGAGAAUGGAAGUGGAGAGCAAGGAUCUGAAGAAAGGUGUGGAGAUCAUUUGCAACGCCUUGCGGAUGCCCUGCCAUACAAUUGCCCAGAACGCUGGCGUAGAUGGCGCCAUGGUGGUGGCCAAGGUCAUGACCAGGUCCGGUGACUUUGGAUACGAUGCCAUGAAAGGUCAAUACGGCCGCCUGAUCGAGAAGGGCAUUAUUGAUCCCACUAAGGUGGUUCGUACCGCCAUUUCGGAUGCCGCUGGAGUGGCUUCCCUACUGAGUACCACCGAGGUGGUGAUAACCGACUCCCGAAACGACGAUCUAAUGGCCAAACUGGCCGGCCUGGGAGGAGGUGGCGGUAUGGACGGACUGGACAUGAACAUGGGUGGCCUGGAUGAACUUGCUGCCUUGGCGGGAAUGGGAGGAAUGGGUGGAAUGGGAGGCAUGGGCGGCAUGGGCGGCAUGGGCGGCCUAGGCGGUCUCGGUGGCCUCGGUGACCUCGGCGACAUGGGUGACAUGACAGGUCGCAUCAGCGCCUCCGUUCCCAACGAAAGCGAUGGACCCACUGCCGAAGAGAUGAACGAAAUGGUCAAGUCCAUUCCCGGAAUGGAGCAAGUGGAAGUCAAGGACAUUGACUCAACACUUAUGUAGAAGAAAAGAGUCUUCACCACAGUUAUAAUACUCCCAUAAUACUUUCAUCAUACAGUCCCGGUAACUUAACUUUGCGUUUUGUGUGUAACCAAAAUUGAUUUCGUUCUGAAUAAAUUGUUUUAAUAGUGA